CUGAUAUAUUUUUGACAUUUCAUAUACAUUUUUAUUAUCAUGGAUUAUAUACUUUUACAAACGUAUACAAUAUAAAUAUUUUUAUAAUAUGGUGGAAGACAGUACUAGUGAUGAUAAUACUACAACUAACAAAGGCGUGAAUGCCCGGUCUGAGUCUUUGCCAGUUAGGGUUCACAGAUUUUCGGAAGCUGAAUCUUCGUCAACAAAUGCUCCAAGAGGUUCCUUAUCAGAUAUUAAAAACGACAUUCAAAACGUGUUAGAUCUUAUGGGUCCAACAACUCCCGAUUUGACCACAACACAUUACACAAGUAGCGAUGCAGACAACGAUGAAUUUGUUUUGUCAUCACUUGAUACACGUCGUCCUAGACUCUCUUCUGGUUGCGACAAAUGUCCAAACAAUUGUUGUACUUCAAAUAAAACCUCCAAUUCGAAAACUACAAACCAGGAUUCGGUCAUGGCCGAUAUUGGAACGUGUUCAUUGAGCAAUUUUGAGCAUUUUGAAGACAUUGAACCUUCUUGUUGUGAUCAUGCCCAUCUUGGUGUUAGUCCGGAAUGCUUGUGUAUGAUACCUUGUGCAAGCCAUGGUAAUGUGUCCACGAAAUGCGAAGGUUAUUAUAUUAUACCGAACAAAAGUGCAUCGAAAUUAACAGUCGACUGUAAAAAGCGAAAUUUAUUAGAAUGGAUAAAAAAUAGAUCACAUGAGCUUCUAGUAAAGAAACAAAACUACAGUCCUUGUGACUUGUAUAAAAUUAACAUAUGUGGACAAGAGGAUGAUGCAGGUCCUCCAAAACGCGUAGUCUUCGAUUUGGUCGAUGGUAUUCCUAGACCGACUUCAACAACUGUUGCAACAAAUACAAUCCAUAAUCCUGUAGAAAAAACAACGAAAAAUAACGAAACAAAUUCUAACAAUUGUAACUGCAGCGAAUUGAAAUCCAAUAAAAGAACACUCACAAUGGCCCAAAGUACGAUUCAAAAAAAUGUUUAUUACGACAGUGAGGGUAAUACAAGAGUUGAUUAUUAUUAUUUUGACCAUGGAAAUGCCCAAUAUCUUCAUACUACUGAUACACCUCCUGUGAUGAAAUGCGAAAUUAUUGCUGAAAAAACAGAAAAAUAUACGACAAAAUUUUGGGCUGAGUUUUUUGCUUCUAUUCACAUUGGGGUGUCUUUUUGUGUGUCUUUCAUUCUGCAGUUGUUUAAGUUUUUAUUGUAUAGUAUAUUUCGACCAAUCUUUGUCGGUUUGAUGCAAAUGUGGUCUGAUUAUCUCUUCAAACCUUUUCUUACAACGUUGUUUAACGGCGUUAUUCAACCGUUUUUGAUAUUUCUUUACAACAUUGCUACUUCGGUUAGGGAUCUAUGUGAUCCGAUUGCGGAAGCUUUUGGAUAUUACUGUCGAGAAUUGGCUGUUUUGCUUAGGGCUAUUAGGUUAUGUAGUUAUAAGAAGAAUGGCAAAGAAGAUAAUAGUUGUGAUUACAAGAAGAAAUAUAAGUGUGAAUGCUAAAUAGAUGUAUUAUUAUAUUAAUAUGAAAUA